AGAACAUUUUCAGGAGAAGGGAAGGGUAUCCGGCGCUCGGAACAGUGCUCGGGGCAUAGCGCCGAGCAUGCCGUCGUCAUCACGUGAAAUAGCAGAGGAGAAUCAAUCGAUCACUUAUUGAGUACUCCCUGUGUGCCGAGCGUCCCCGGAAUCCGUCGGAGCUCUCGAGGAGGAGGUCGCCGGUGACUUUGGAGAGCGCGGACUCAGAGCGAGGGGAUUAGUAGAUCUCUCUUUGGCCACGGAAAUGGAAAUGAGCUUGUUGGUUGAGGACCUUGGGCCGCGUAUCUUUCCUUCCCGUUUGCCCUGCGUCCCGAGGCAGAUUCCAGCCCGGUCCCCGCCCCUUGGUUGGACGCCGCGCUCUGCGUGUUUAUAGGCGUAUCUCGUCGGCCUCAGCUCAGGGUUUGAAUACGGUAACGGGUGCCGUUCUGCGAAAACGUAUGCACGAGUAAAACGAUCCCCGUAAUCGAUCGUUGGCGAUCGUGGAGCGCGCCAACCCGAUUUAUUGCCGGACCAAACGUUUUAUGAACCAUAAAGCGAUAAUCCCGUAAGAAUCAACGGAAAGUACGGGCCGAGCGAUAUCCACGGGAUUCCGACUGAGACCCAGGUGGACUCGGCCAUGGACCAUCCCAGCGACUCCACGCGACGGUCCACGGGCGGUGGGAUUCCCGAGAAGAAAAGCGACUCCGUGAUGGCCGAAGAGCACGGCCGGAGAAUCUUAAGCGUGCUGCAAAGUUUUAGAGACCAGGAUAUGUUUUAUGACUUCCAAAUAAUUGUGAAAGAUGAAAUCAUUCCAUGUCAUCGAUGCGUCCUCGCGGCCUGCAGUGACUUUUUCAGGGCGAUGUUUCAAGCGGACAUGAGAGAGAGAGACGGCGGGAGCGUCACCCUCGGUAACCUGUCCCCCCGGGCCGUGAGGGCUUUCGUCGAUUACGCCUACGCCGGGGAAACCCAGAUAACCGACGACAACGUGGAGAUGUUCUUCCAGUUGUCGUCGUUCCUUCAGAUCCCCCCCCUCUCCGAAGCUUGCGGUGACUUUUUAAUAAAAAGCAUCGACGUCGCCAACUGCCUACGGCUGUUGUCGCUCUCCGACGGCUACGGCUCCGCCCCCUUGUUCGAGCAGGCGCUGGCGUUCGCCGAGCGGCACUUCUCUUCGCUCCUCAGAUCCGCCGAUUUCCUCGAGACGAACCCGGGGGUGCUGCAGAGGUUCCUGGAAGCGGACGAACUGGACGUGCCCGACGAAGAGGCCGCGCUGCGAGCCGUUCUCCGCUGGACCGGACACCGCCCGGAAUCCAGACGGAAGCACCUGCCUCGGCUGAUGGCGAAGGUGAGGCUGCAUCACUUAUCCGAGGAGGCCCUUCGGGGCUACCUGCUCUCGGAAGAUCCCUUGCUCGGGAGCACCGACGGUUCGGCCCUGAUCCAGGAGGCCGUCGAGAGCGUGAGAGAGUCCGCCGGACUCUUUGCGGACGCCCGCCCCUCCACCACCGAGAAAUACAUAUUCGUGCACAAAACGGAGGACGCCGGAGAGGGCCGGCACACCUUCUGCUACAACGUUAGGACGGAUGAGUGGAAAGUCCUGCCGCGCACUCAGUUGCUCGCUCUGCCGGGGUCGAGCUUGUCGAGCUGCGGCGAGAAGAUCUUCGUGACCGGCGGCUGCAGGGGGAGGUGCUGCCGGACGACCCGGCUCCACGUCGCCGAGUCGUACCACGAUGCCACCGAGCGGACCUGGUGCUACUGCCCAGUCAGCGGCGAGUUUUCCGCCGUGGCGGGAAUGGAGAGGCCGAGGACCAUGCACGCGUCCGUGAUGGCCCUGGACCGGCUGUUCGUCAUCGGCGGGAGGACGAGGGGAGCCCGGGAGACCGGGAGCCUCUUGAACGUCGAAUCCUACCGGCCCCUCUCCGGGGAGUGGCUGCCGGCGAGCCGCCUGCCCAGAGGCGUCUACUAUCCCGAAGCGAGCGCCUGCCGCGAUGCGAUUUACGUCCUCGGCUCGGAGGUGGAGCUCUCUGACGCCUUCAGUCCGUCUCUCGAUCGCUUCUUGAGGUACAACGCCGCGACCGAUCAGUGGUCGGAGCUGGUGGCCGAGUUCGGCCAGUUUCUUCACGCCACGCUAAUCAAAGCGGUGGCCGUGAACUGUACCCUCUACGUCUGCGACCUGUCCACUUACAAGGUCUACAGCUUUUGCCCCGAGACCUGCGUCUGGAAGGGGGAGGGGUCUUUCGAAUGCGCGGGCUUCAACGCCGGAGCCGUCGCGGUGGAGGAUAAAAUUUACAUUCUAGGGGGAGACUACGCUCCCGAUGAAAUUACCGACGAAGUCCAGGUCUACCACAGUAGCAGGUCCGAGUGGGAGGAGGUCUCACCCAUGCCUCGGGCCCUGACCGAGUUUUACUGCCAGGUGAUCCGGUUCAAUAAAUACCGAGACCCCUGGUCAGGCGAUCGCCUGUGAUCCCGGCAGGCGGCGGGCCACCCGGUCGCCCUCUCGGUGGAAGCCCGGCGUGUUUGUCGAGCCGCCGACCGCGGACGCCGCGGUCGGUUUUACCGUCUCUCCAGCUUCGCGUAUCACCCCGUUUCUCUGUUUCCGAGCCAGUGGUCCGCAGGCCCCCGCAGUGAGCUUUCAAGGCCGGAGCUGCGAUAUUAAGACCUCGCGUAAAGGACGGCGGGGCCGAUCCUCGUCGCUCUCCCUCAGCCUCGCGGAGAUGUGCGUCAGCGAGCAGAUGAAUCGUUGCCGGGAACCGUCCAGGCGGAUGCCGAGUCCGCUCCGUAACGAUGAUGGCGCUUGUUAAGCGCUUACCGCAUGCGGAGCGGCGUUCCGAGCGCGGGG